AUGAUGCAGUCCAGCAAAGGACCCGAAUCUCUCGAUCUGGGGAGGACGGUCUCGCGCUCGCGCAGUACCAGCAUGUCUAGCGACUCUCAGCUCCCUCGACUUCAUCUCCUCGUACCCCCCGCCGUGAACCCGGCUCCUUGUUUCAUCGCAUCCUCCGCCGCCGCUCAGAUUGUCACCGCUGACCAGGAGUUCAACGCCGCGGACUUCGUGGCCGACGAAGAAGACAAUGCCUCCUCAGCCAGCGCUCUCGUCACUCCUGAAGCCCUUUCCGCUUUGAACGGCUUUCUCGACCAUCUCCUCUACAAUAUCCUUGCCUCCUCCAAGUCCACCCAGUUGGCCUGCAUUCGACCCGCAGUGGCGGAGGUUCUCAAGCCUCGACUGGCGAAGGAAGUGGUGUCGGCCGCAGAUGAGGAACUGAGCGAGUACAUGGGUGGUCCGGAAGACGAGCAGUUUGGCGGCCAGACUCCGAGUGCCGAGUUUGAUCUCAUCCGGUCAUGGAAGUUGACUCGCUUGCGGUGCAUGGUGUACACUCGACUGGGCGAUAUGGAGGAAGACGACGAGGAGGAAUACAUCGAACAGGACGGUUUGGGCGAGGAUGAAGAUGGUCCCCGGAGGUUUUCAAGCCACAUCGGCUACAUCACCCCGGCUGCCGCCAUCUUCCUGGCGCACAUCAUUGAAUACCUCGGCGAGAAGGCCUUGGUGAUUGCGGGCGAGACGGCUCGAUCUCGACUGUCGAGCAAAGUUGAUGGUGAAAUGACGGAAUCUGGCGCGGAACGAAGCACCAUGGAUCGUCUGGUCGUUGAAGAUCUCGACAUGGAGAAACUAGCUUUGAACCCGACCCUGGGAAGACUCUGGCGCACGUGGAGGAAGCGCACGCGCUCCCCCAACUUGUCUCGAGCGACGUCUCGCGAAUCCAUUCGGCGUCGCGGCACGAUCGGCCACCUUCCUGUGCGUGGUCGGCGAGGCAGUCUGGCGGUGGAUGAGUUCCUACCACCUCGUUCACAACCCAGCCCUAGGCCCGAGUCUCCUGCGGACGUAGACCCUGCUUCCGUCGCGCUUCCUGUGAACGAACACGACGUGCAGGAAAUUGAGGUUCCCGGCUUCGCGUCUGACACGGAUGGCGGUGAGGUUAUUCAAACCAUGGAAGCCGUCGUGGCGCACAAAGUGCGACCUCGGAGUCUGAUGGUGCUCACUCUACCCUCGCCACGGUCUCCGACCUUCAACGGCUCCUCGCCGAUUUCCCCAAGACCGCAGAGUGCAAAGACCCACCGACAUGCUCGGUCGCGGUCUUUGCCCGGUGCCAGCGCCCCCUUACCACCCCAGGAGACCCCUGAGGUCGAACACACCGCCGACCAUCCGUCCCCUACUUCGUCGGAGGAGCGACGGCAGCUGGAGACCAUGUAUGAACACGACGAAGAUGACGAAUCUACUGCCGAUAAGAAACCCGCCGUCAUGGAUUCCGCGGAGCAAGUGCUCUCUCCUUCGGUUGAAUCGCCCACGAAGAAGUCCGAGACAGACAGCUUCCCCGAAGAAUCGACCGGACAGGAUACAGCCGCAACCUCUUCGAUCUCUGGCGCCUCAGCCGAAGUGGUGAUAAGCCGGGCCAACAGCACGAGAGCCUCGUCUUUGAGUGACCGUAAUCAACCGGACUCGGAGGCUGAGAUCAUCGAGGGACAAGGGAUGGCCGAAAAGCCCAAGUUGGCGUCUGUGCAGCGACCGCGACGAAAAUCGAGCCGGGAGCCCAGUCGGAAAAACGAGAGGUCGACGACUCCUGCGGCCGUCAGCAGCGAACAAAUGGUGCAGUCCGUGGCCGAAGAUCCGCCCCAAACGCAAGGGGGAGACUCCACCCCGGCGCAACCCGCCGUCAGCACCGAUGCGUCGAGCACUUCUGACACGGAUCUGACUUCCCCGGACCCUGUUACCCCUCAGCCUCGUUUCUCAACCGACAACUCGAGCGAGGAAAAAUCCCCCCGACCGCCGUCGUCCGCCGAGAGUGCGUAUUCCGAGAGUUCGCGGGCUCGUCAACGCCCUAGCCCGUUGCCCCUGCACCGCGGAAGUACCCAUCAACAAACUCCCUACGGGCGCUCGAGCCCGGCAGUGUCCACCACCAGCUCAGGUACCGAACGGGCAGCCGUUCAGCGACUGUCUGGGCGACCGACGACUUCUGCAGCCUCUUCGAGCUACUCCAAGCCUCGCCGUUCCGAAAGCUUCAGUAGCAACCGCGAUAAGCGUCCCGUAACGGCCGGCUCCACCACAUCGCAGGUCUCCACCAGAAUAAAGGGUUUGAUUGUUCGACAGGGAGACUCUAGCUCGCUCCUGCGCAGCUCCUCUGAAACAAGCAGAGCCUCGACGCAUGACGAAAAAGCGGACUUGGAUGAUUUGAUCCGCAGCGAGGAGACAAUUCAUUUCACCCUGACUCCCCGGAACAUGCGAGAGAUUGAGGAGCCUGAUUCUCCACGUUGGCGAAACCAGCAAUCUACUACCGCUGACCUGGCGGAUUUCUUGAAAACCACUGCACCCCCAGGAUCACCACGACCUGGCACUUCCAGUACGGCUAAAGGGCAAGCGGAUCUUGCAACCAUAACCAAAACCAAAUCUUCCGACCUGCCUAAAUACAAACCCAUCCAGCCAUCGAAUAUGAGCCUGCCGCCGACAAGUCCAGGACAUUCUCGUGAUAUGAAGCCCAGCAUUGGAUCGACCCGCGAGUUUGCCAACUCGGUCAAAUCCAACGGACCACCUAGUCCCAGCACCAUGAAGUCGCGCAUUCGUCGGUUCUCCGAUGCUGCAGACUUCUCAAAGAAGUUCACUCGGCCUCCAAGCUCUCUUUCGAACACGGCCCGCAGCUCCACCGCUCCUCGACUGCAGGCUCGUCCUGCCGUCGCUCCCAAGGGAGACCAGAGCUCUGAUCUGAUUGAUUUCAUUCGGGAGGGCCCGCCGACUGCUGGGGCCCGUCGCAUCCCGCGUACCGUUGCACCUUUCCGUGAUACCAUGGACUCGGACGAAUUACAAUCCUUAGGACCCAGUUAUGCGGAGAACCAAGCUCCGUCGAUUAUUAGUACCCAGGAUGAAUCCUACGCCACGAAAUCUAUAACUUCCGUGGGCUCUCACACGGGGCUUUUGGAUUCUUCAAACCGGGUCCCAGUACAGACCAGUGCUCCGAGACCAGCUCCUCAGGUGGCUCCGGAGCCUGUCAACGUACCUGAUGACCCGGUCCCCGUCCGAAAACAGCGUCGGGUGCCUGAUCCUUAUGCCAUCGAUUCUGAUGAUGACGAGGAUCUUGAGGAGCUUCUGGAAGGACCGAAACCCCCCAAGCGCGAGGAAGAGAGCUUGAUGGAUUUCCUGAUGAACGCUCCACCACCACCAGAUACAUCUGGACCCCCGCAACCUUUUAGCGUGAAUGCGUCCGUUACAAAACCCCCCUCUGGCGGCACUUCCUCGAUGAAGGCGCGACUUCUUCGCAAUGGCCCCUCUGCAAAAACCUCCAGGACCUCCCUCCGCCCACAGCCGGCACCCAGUAACCCUCCUGUGGUAUCGGCGAACUACACCACUAAGGUUGGCAUGGAGCGAAAUGCAACAGCGCGGUCGAACCCUUACAAUAUGCCUACCGUCACACAACGACAGACAGAGACCAGCGCACUGGCUGAUUUCCUCAGAAGCACCGGUCCCCCGGAGCCUCCUGUUGUCCGCACUCCACCGCCUAAUGCUGGGAGCAAGACCAAAGAAUCGAGCAGUGGCUUCUCCCGUCUGUUCGUGCGGCGGAAGAAGGUUGAAACUUGA